UAGCUAGGGUGGCCAGCUAUAAUGAAGACGACGCCAGAGCAGGAGCUGGACCUUGAGCUCAGCCUCCUCCACCGCUCCCCCUCGCCGCCGGAGCCGGCCGGCUUCUUCCCCUGCACGUACUGCGACCGCAAGUUCUACACCUCGCAGGCGCUCGGCGGCCACCAGAACGCGCACAAGUACGAGCGCGCCCUCGCCAAGCGCCGCCGCAAGAUCGCUGCUGCCAUGCGCGCGAACCAGGCGAUCGUGAGGGGCGCCGGCCAGGUCGACGCCGACAGCAGCAGGACUACUGGAGGCGCCCGCCGAGUCGUUGGCAGCGUUGCUGGAGCUGAGCAUGAGGCGGCCGACAGGGCGAGGCCGCUGGUCGCGCAGCAAUCUGCUCCGGUGCCUUGGCACUCCGGCGACCUGCAGGGCAACAUGGGGCGCGCUGACGAGCUGGACCUGACACUCAGGCUAUGAUUGGCUUCUUCUCCGUUCCUGCACCUUUUUAGCAGCUAAUGAUCUGUGUGGCUUUGCCUGUUUUUUUUAUAAAAAAAUGGUGAUUUGCUUUAUCGUUCUGCUACUCGAUCUUUUUCGCCAGUAUGUGUAUAUGUCUGAUGGAAAUCAGGUCUGUGCAAGAAGGACGAUCUCUGAUGAUUAUAUAUCCAGAGGGCUCUUCAGUUUGCUUUCUCAUGAUUUGUUCCCAAAUUAGCAUAUGCAUCUUCAAUUGUAUUGGAAUACCUUUUUGA